UCGGACAUCGAUAGCGUGUGCGAACUUGAAUUGUUUUGGUUUGGCCUCGCGGCAUUUCCUUCAUUUUCGUGUUAUUUAUGAGGCUCGUCAACGAUGCUGCCCAAUGCAAAUGACAAAAAGGAUCGUUAUGCCAAGCUGUCCUUUCUCGGCGAGGGUCAGUUUGCCAUUGUUUACAAGGCGCGCGACACGGUGACCAGCCAAAUUGUGGCCGUGAAGAAGAUCAAGAAGGGAUCGCGCGAGGAUGCGCGCGACGGGAUCAACAGGACGGCGCUGCGGGAGAUCAAGAUACUGCAGGAGCUGCAGCACGAGAACAUCAUUGGCCUGGUGGACGUUUUCGGUCAACUGUCGAAUGUGUCGCUCGUUUUCGACUUCAUGGACACCGAUCUGGAGGUGAUCAUCAAGGAUAACAAGAUCAUACUUACGCAGGCGAACAUCAAGGCGUAUGCCAUCAUGACGCUGAAGGGUCUGGAGUAUUUGCAUCUCAACUGGAUACUCCAUCGCGAUUUGAAGCCAAACAAUUUGCUGGUCAACAGCGAUGGCAUCCUAAAGAUUGGCGAUUUCGGUUUGGCCAAGUCCUUUGGGUCGCCCAAUCGCAUUUACACCCACCACGUGGUCACCCGCUGGUAUCGAUCGCCGGAAUUGCUCUUUGGCGCCCGUCAAUACGGCACCGGUGUCGAUAUGUGGGCGGUGGGCUGCAUUUUGGCGGAACUUAUGCUGCGGGUGCCCUUCAUGCCGGGCGACUCGGAUCUGGACCAGCUGACCCGGAUCUUUUCCACACUGGGCACACCGACGGAUGCGGAAUGGCCGCAUUUGAGCAAAUUGCACGACUAUCUACAGUUCCGCAACUUUCCGGGCACUCCGCUGGAGAACAUCUUCACCGCCGCUGGCAAUGACUUGAUCCACUUGAUGCGCCGCCUUUUUGCCAUGAAUCCGCUGCGGCGUGUGUCCUGUCGCGAGGCACUGAGCAUGCCGUAUUUCGCUAACAAGCCCGCACCCACAGUGGGUCCCAAGUUGCCGAUGCCCUCGGCCAUUCUGGCCGCCAAGGAGGGCGCCAAUCCGCAGGCCGGCGAGGCGAAACCCGUGCUCAAGCGCAAGCUGGUGGAGACAACGGUGAGGGGCAAUGGAUUGGCACAGAAGAAGCGGCUGCAGUUCUAGCACACACAAAGGUAUCAUCCAUUCUUGCAAAUCGGUCAGUUAACAAAGAAUUUCUAUUACACCUUAGAUGUUUGUGAUAGCGUUACGUUGUUCACCGAAGAGAUUCGCAAGAAUGUCGCAUACACAAUAAGUUCUCUGGCUCUUCUUGAGACGCAAGUCACACGUUUUCUCUUAUACCUUAAAUACCUAUAGCUUACCAUUGAUAAUUCUGUUGAAAUAACUUAAUUCGUGCAUAUUUUUCCCCAUCGAAGAGUGGAGAAAAACUCAACACGAGUAGUUAAGACUAUGCUUAAGAUGAGGAUGAUCUAUUAAAGAUGUGAUUCAAAGCGA